CUGCCAGGGCAGUUAUAAAUGGGAGUCCUUGGAGGAGGCGGGUCAAUCGGCUCAAUCAGAGAGAAAGAGAAGCAAAGACCAGCGAGAGAGAGAAUGGAGGGACAGAGCAGGGUUCUGGUGAUCGGUGGCACCGGCUACAUCGGCAAGUUCAUCGUGAAGGCGAGCGCGGCGUCUGGCCACCCCACGUUCGCACUGGUCAGGGACACCUCUCCCUCCGACCCAGCCAAAUCCCAGCUUCUUCACUCCUUCACCUCCUCUGGCGUCACCCUGCUUCGCGGCUCUCUGGAAGAUCAUGAAAGUUUGCUUGGGGCAAUCAAGCAAGUGGAUGUUGUCAUUUCAGCGGUGGGAAAUGCACAAAUCUUACAGCAGUCCAACAUCAUUGCUGCUAUCAAAGAAGCUGGCAAUAUCAAGAGGUUUUUCCCUUCCGAGUUCGGGAACGAUGUCGAUCGCCAGCAUGCGGUGGAGCCGGCCAAGAGCACAUUCGCUUUAAAAGCACAGAUUCGCCGAGCCAUUGAGGCCGAAGGCAUUCCCCACACCUAUGUAUGUUGCAGCUUCUUUGCUGCCUACUUCCUCCCCAACAUGUCUCAGCCAGGAUUGACCUCCCCUCCGAGAGACAAGAUUGUCAUCCUCGGAGAUGGAAACCCCAAGGCCGUGUUCAACAAGGAGGAUGACAUCGCCACCUAUACUAUCAAGGCUGUCGAUGAUCCAAGAACCCUGAACAAGGUCCUGUACGUGAAGCCACCUGCCAAUACCUAUUCCUUCAAUGAGCUGACCUCGCUUUGGGAGAAGAAGAUUGGCAAGACCCUACAGAGAAUCUACGUUCCGGAGGACCAGAUGCUCAAGAACAUUGAAGAGUUGCCGUUCCCGAUGAACAUUGUGGUGGCAAUCGCGCACUCCGUCUUCGUGAAAGGUGACCAGACAAAUUUUGAGAUAGAGGAAUCGUUCGGAGUGGAAGCAUCUGAGCUGUACCCAGAUGUCAAGUAUACAACCGUGGAACAGUACCUGGAUCAAUUUGUUUGAGCUUUGCUCUUUCUUCAGAAGCAAGCUACGGUCUGUCUGCUACCUCCUGCGUGAAAGGGCCGAUCUUUCCUGUUCUUCUUGUGUGAUUUGAUUAUUGGUCAGCCUGCUUGUGGAAUGUCUUGGCUUUGCAAAGCCUUUGUUAGUGGUUUUUGGACACGGUUCAUUAACCCUAUGAAUAAUUUACUGAACCACGUUUACCAGAUUUAAGCACAAAUUAAAACUUUGCUUCUUUCUUCCUCAA